GGAAAGGGUGGAGCUAAGCACCACCGAAAAAUCCUUCAUGAUAACAUCCAAGGUAUAACAAAACCUAUCAUUUGUCGUCUUGCUUUCCGUGAAGGUGUGAAGCACAUCUCCAGUCUGAGACCCAUCUACAAGGAGAUGCGUGGUCUUUUGAAAAGUUUCUUGAGUGCGUGA